CAUUGCCGCCGCAUCCCCUUUCAUGAUGCAGUUAAGGUUCUUGAUGAUAUGCAUAAUAGAAUUGUAUCUUCCUGGAAUAGAAUAAUCAAUGGAUUUGCUGCGAGCCUGCGAACACUUUAUGAUGCAGCAGUCGGGCAUUCAGUUUUUAGGCAGGGAGGAAGAAGCAAAAGCGGUAGCACCAGAAGUGGAAGGAGUCGUAACCCUUUUGAUUCGACACCUUCCUGAAGCCAUACCUCAUGACACGCUCUCUAGACUUUUCUCCAACUACGGUGCUUUUUCUGUCCGUCCUUGCUCUGCUCCUCAACUAAGAAACUGCGCUUUCCUGGAUUUCAAGAAUGAAGCAUUGGCUUACCAGGCAUUUCGUCAAUUGAAUGGGCUGAGGUUUCUUGAUAAAGUCUUAUCAGUGGAGAGAGCUAGUAACGAGCCAAUUGUGGAUACCAAACUGAAAAAAAGUGAAGCUCAUAUGCCACCCACAUCUACGUCUAUGUUCAAGGAUGCUACUAAACAUACAAUUUUAGGGUCUACCCCUGCUAGCGAACCCAUUGCCCCAAGGCUUGGUGUUGAAUAUCCAUUUCCUCCUCACUUGGAAUAUGUGUAUCCUCCACCAGACGGAAAUAUACUGACUAAUAUUGUAAAUGCUCUUAUUGCCGUUCCUCGCUUUUAUACUCAGGUGUUGCACUUGAUGAACAAAAUGAAUAUUCCAGCUCCAUUUAGAAUGGCUCUGCCCACUCCACCCCUGCCAUCUUCAGUACCUGCACCACCACCACCACCACCUCCCCUUUCUGUACCUGCGAAGCCUCAUUUGGAAGAUCUGUCCAGUGGUGAUUCAGAAAUGGAAUCUUCAGAUGAGGAAAUAGAUGGAGAAACUUAUCUUAUUGGAGCUUCAACAGUAAAAAAAUUUAGCCGAAAGCGUCGCAAGCAAGAAGCGAUUGUGGGGCCUGCAGUUGAUAAAGAUGUCGCACAUGAGGCUGUUGGAUUAAAACCUGCCACCUUGGUUCCAAAAGAAAUUCCAAUGAUUAAAAAGAAAAACCCUGUUUUACAGAUCAAGAUUGCCCCAAAAGUGAUUCAGAAUGAACACAGAGAUGACACGACAUCAAAAGAAUUAGAGGAGCCAGACAAAGAGGGUUUGGAUAUUAAACCUUAUGCAACUUCCGAAGAGCUAGAGAGUGGAAAGUUGCCCCCAGAGGAAAUUUUAUCUCUACCAAUGUUUAAGAACUAUACAGCUGGGAAUCCUACAUCAGUGUUGUAUGUAAAGAACUUGGCAAAGGAUGUAGUGGCUAAUGACUUCUACUUCAUUUUUGGAUCAUUAUUUGGAAGCGUCGAUGCAACUAAAUCCGGCCUCAGUGUGAAGCUUAUGCAGGAGGGAAGAAUGAGAGGACAAGCCUUUGUGACAUUUCCAUCAGUUGAACUUGCCCAUCGCGCAUUGGCCGGUACCCAUUGUUGACUCUCGUGAGGUUAGCGAAUCUUAAAGAUUUCGAUUUUGCUCGUGGCCAGGGGUUUGAGAAUUCAUUUAUAAGGAAGACAUACUAGGUGCGCUACCAGCGUAUACAUCCUGGCAAUGCAAUAUAGCCCUUAAACUUAUGGUAGCAUCUUCAUAUCAUAGCAUAGGCCAUUACGUGUAUCUUAACAACCAUACGUCAUCAUAAUCAUGCAUGCAUACUACUCGGGAGGUUUCUGUGAUCUCUCCAACUUUGUUUGCCCUAUUCGGGAUAGAAGAUUGCACUAGCUUACAAGCCGAAACGUCUUUGGUGACCUAUUCUGUGAUGAUGAAAUGAUGAUCGGAAUGACCGCCAGCGUUGGCUGAGAGUUGUUGACGCUCGUACCCGAUGAAGAGGCCCCGUAUAGGGUCUUGGUCUGCCACGUUUGAGAAAUGGGCCUCGGGAUAGAACUUUUAUUUGAGCUCAACCCGUUACCUCGUCUAGGGUGUAAAAAAAAAAACUAGAAAACCGGUUGAACCGGACAGACAGAAUCAGUGAGUUCAGUCUGGUUUUUAAACGGUCCAGUGUUGUACCGGUUCUUAAGAAUUGAAAUCGGUCCUAAAUCGGUGUAGUACUGAGUUUCAUAUUUUGAAAACCAGUUUAAACCGAGUUGGAUCUGCAGGUUUUAUAAGAAUUUUAUGAUAAUCAAAAGUUUGGGAAGCUGAUGAAUGCCACAUUUAUUGCUCUAAUCCCUAAGAGAGUGGGUGCUUUGGAGUUGAAGGAUUUCCGUCUCAUUAGUUUGGUAAGUGGAAUUUAUAAGAUAAUUUCGAAGGUUUUGGCAAAUCGAAUGAGCAAGGUGAUGGAUAAGAUUAUUUCUAAACCCCAAAGUGCAUUUGAUAGAGGCCGACAAAUCAUUGAUUUUGUGCUGAUUGCAAAUGAGUGUUUAGAUAGUCGGAUGCGGGAAGGUGUUUCGGGGGAUCUUUGUAAGCUGGACAUGCAAAAGACGUACGAUCACGUAGACUGACCAGUUGAAUUCUAAUUAGUUGGACAGACCAUUUGUGGCGGAUGGGGUUUAUAAGGUGAUUGGUGGGGGUAUAUAAAUAUGAUGCGUUAGGACCUUGACUUUUUUGUUAAAGAGACAGGUGGUUUGCAUUAAGAAGAAUCCUCCUAAAACUAAUUGUCUCCAUUCCAUUACACAUGAAAGUAAUCUAAGAGCCAAUAUUUUUCAGUUUUUGUUUUUAACAUUCUAGUUUUUUGUCAUAGUCUUAGUCCUGUAGUUCUAAACCUUUUUUAUCGGUAAAUAAUAGUUUAUUGAUGAUAGACAAUAUGCAUGAUAACUACAGUCCAAGACAAAACUCUUAUCAUAU